GAGCCCGACAUAUAUCCGAUGAGCCGUUGUUAUCUCGUUUAACUACCAUAGCGUCGUUUUUCUUGCUUUCCUCCUCCCGGUACCCAGUCGAUAAAUCCAAAUCGUUAUCAUAGGGACUAGCGGUGCCCGAGUUCGCAAGUUGUAUCGCACGGCAUCAACGAAAAUCUCCCUUUGACAAAUAGACUCCUUUGCUAAGAAGCGAAGAGUUCUUAGGAGGUUCUGAUCGUCCCCGCAGGUCUAUAUAAGAUACGCGGCAAUCUUCCUGGUCAGACCUCAGCCCUGUCCUCUUCCCCCCCUCGCUUGGCUAUUCCUUUCUUUCGUCAUGUCUAUUGACGUCGGUUUCAAAACCCAGUAUCCGUAUAGCUUUGAGGAACUGGAAGUCACUAAAGGAGAUUUAACCCUGGGAUCCAUCGUCUUUGGCUUUUUCUUUGGAUUUGCCGUCAAUGUCACUUGGUGCGCCAUUCUGGAGACGAGGAGAGCAAGAAGAUUCUCCGGGUACAUCGUCAUGAUUUGGGUGGAAAUCCUUGCGGACCUUGGUUUUUGUAUCGUUUCGUGGGGUUAUCUCGCAAAGAUUUUUCCCCCCGGUCUCGGUGUCUUUCUCACAGUCAUCCUCUGUUGGAUCUGUCAAGUUCAGUGCCUGAUGCUGAUUAUCGUAAAUCGACUUUGCAUCUUGUACUCGCAGCCAAGGCAAAGGUUCAUUCUCAAGGCUUCUGUGGCCGCCAUAGUGACCGCGAUAUCGAUAUCCACGGCUUGCAUUUGGAUCCCGGCGCAUCUCCAAAUCAACUCGACGUACAUCUGGCUGAACCAUUGGUAUGAUCGAUUCGAGAAAUCUGUGUACCUUCUUUUGGACUUGUUCCUUAAUCUUCUGUUCAUUUGGAAAGUAAAGACACGGCUCAUCCAGCACGGUCUAAAGAAGUAUGAUAAGGUCAUGCGCUUCAAUCAGUACAUAAUUGUUAUCUCUAUCGGCAUGGACAUUCUGCUUCUGGGCGUCACUGCUCUCAGGAAUCAAUUCGUCUACUGUCAGUUCCACCCGGUGGUAUACAUUGUCAAGCUACAAAUCGAAAUGUCGAUGUCUCGACUGCUCAUCAAGGUCGCUCGUUCUACCGGUAUCAAUGUUUAUAAUGAGGAAAGAGGAGAGGUAACAUCGGAGAGUGUCAGUGGGAGCAAGCCUACUGGUGCUGGAGUUGGCAUUCAAAUCACUACUCAGAUCUACACGCAUGCUGAACAUCCCGAUGAAUAUGAAAUGGAACAUCGUAAAGUACAGGAAGCAGCAUCGACACAUUCCUCGAACGGCGAGGUCAUAAAAAUUUCCACAGUUUAGAAGACAAUAUACCAUUCGUUUUAGACCCAGCUACACUUUACACUGGACUCAGAUUUUUUUUUUUCGAUUUUGCGAUGCCGCCUACCGGCCCUCAUGUACCAAUAAUAGAUAGACCUGCACAAGAUGUGACUAUACUAGAUCAUACCUAUCUGAAGCACC